AUGACGGAGAAUGAGGAGUUGGGAAAGCCAAAGGAGAGGAAAGGGAGACUAACUGUGGUGCUGGUGUUGGCAACGCUCAUAUCUGCAUUUGGUUCGUCAUUCCAGUAUGGUUACAACGUGGCCGUGGUCAACUCUCCAUCAACGUUCAUGCAGCAGUUCUACAACACCACCUACCUGGAGCGGUAUGGCCGACCGAUGGAGAAGAACCUCCUCACUCUGCUGUGGUCUCUCUCUGUGUCCAUGUACCCGUUAGGAGGCUUCUUUGGCUCCCUGAUGGUGGCCCCUCUGGUCAACAAACUGGGGAGGAAGGGCACCCUCCUCUUCAACAACAUCUUCUCCAUCGCUCCUGCAGUGAUGAUGGGGGUCAGUGAGAUCGCCAAGUCAUAUGAGAUCAUCAUUGUGGCCAGGUUUAUAGUGGGCAUCUGUGCGGGUCUCUCAUCAAACGUGGUUCCCAUGUAUCUGGGAGAACUCGCUCCCAAAAACCUGAGGGGAGCCCUCGGCAUCAUCCCCCAGCUCUUCAUCACCAUCGGCAUCCUCAGUGCACAGGUUCUGGGCAUUAGAAACAUACUGGGCAACAGCACAGGCUGGACCCUGAUGUUGGGUAUUACCGGUAUCCCUGCCGUGGUAGAGCUCCUGCUGCUGCCCUUCUUCCCGGAGAGCCCCAGGUACAUGCUCAUCCAGAGAGGAGAUGAGAAGACCGCAAAGAAAGCGCUGCAGCGUCUCCGGGGCUGGGAAGACGUGGACGCAGAGCUUUCUGAGAUGCGUCUGGAGGAUCAGUCGGAGAAGGCAGAGGGACACCUGUCGGUGCUCAGCCUGCUGUCCCAGCGCUCCCUUCGCUGGCAGCUGGUCUCCAUCAUCGUCAUGAACAUGGGCCAGCAGCUCUCGGGGGUCAACGCGAUCUACUACUACGCCGAUAGCAUCUAUUCCACAGCAGGAGUCAAGCAGAAUGACAUCCAGUACGUCACUGUGGGAACAGGUGCCGUGAAUGUCUUCAUGACCAUAGCUGCUGUCUUCAUUGUGGAGGCCUCAGGACGACGGUUGCUCCUCCUCUGUGGGUUUGGGAUCUGCUGUGUAGCCUGUGUGCUGCUCACCGUGGCACUUAACUUCCAGGAGAGCGUGACGUGGAUGCCCUACAUCAGCAUCAUCUGUGUCAUCAUCUACGUAAUAGGACACGCUAUAGGACCCAGUCCCAUUCCUUAUGUGGUGACCGCUGAGAUGUUCAGGCAGUCGGCCAGGCCCGCUGCCUUCAUGGUCGCAGGCUCUGUCCACUGGCUCUCCAACUUCACCGUUGGCCUCGUCUUCCCCUUCCUGGAGAGCGGCCUCGGCUCCUACAGCUUUAUAAUUUUCUCCUUCAUCUGUCUGGUCACGCUGAUCUACAUCUGGCUGGUGGUCCCUGAGACUAAGAACACAACCUUCCUGGAGAUAUGCCAGAUGUUUGCCAAGAGGAACAAAGUGGAGAUCCAACUGGGUGAUGGAGGUUUGCCACUGAAAGAGAAUCGAGAAAACCUGGAGGAUGCAGUGAAGGUCACGGCGUUCUGAAAGAAAAUGAUUACAUUCAGAGUAGAGUCUUCACUCCGUGUUGAAUGAGUCCAUGCAUCAUUGAAUGUAAACUAACGAGUGCCUUUAAAGCUUUUAUUGAUGAGUCUAAGAUAUAAAUACAAUACAUGGCCAAAACAAUAUGAUGCAGUUUGCAUUAAAUAUUUUAAAGGUG